UUUCUCAAUGCCUACUUACUUCCCACCCACACUGUAGUUUAGCAAAUCUAAACGAGAAUUGUGAUUGAUUCUUUAACAAGAGUUUUACAUUUUUCAUAAAUUUGUUCAUUUAUGUGUGUCUGUGUUGGAAAGUGUAUGCAGUGUGUGUGUGUGGUCAAGAGAAUAAUCAGGUGUUUGAACUAAAAGUACGUAUAAAUGAGUAUUAUGAGCAACGCUGCACAUAAAAAGAGUGUGGUUACAAAUGUCGGUGUAAAACAAGCCAAAGCGCGUAAAGACACCGUAAUAUUAGAUGGAGCAUUAAAGCAACAUAAACACCCACAACAGGUAACAAGUCCCAUUCUAGGAGGUGUUAAUGCCAGAAUCCAGAAGUUUCCUUACCAGGUUUCAUUGGCAACAUUUGAAGAAGAUGAAAAGGGUGUCCAGACCACUUCCCACAUGUGUGGGGGUUCCAUCAUCAGUGCUGACUGGGUUUUAACUGCAGCACAUUGUGUAUAUAUGUAUGACCCUUCUGACUUACUGGUUCGCGUUGGUACGAGUGUUAGGGACGAAGGUGGUCAUGUACAUGAAGUUAGCGAUAUUAUUAUGCACCCAAACUAUGACUAUGUUACCAGUGAUUGUGAUAUUGCUUUACUGAAGGUGUCCGAGCCACUCAUAUUUAGUGACAAGGUGAAACCAGUUAAACUCAACAAGAAAAAAUUUCUGCUAGGCAGGUCAGCAGUAGUAUUAGGAUGGGGCCACACAAAGGAGGAUGGUGAAAUGGCUCACACCCUCCAAAAAGUGCAAGUACCUCUGCUUCCACGAUUUGAAUGCGAGUGGCUGUACGCGCCAAACGUGAUAACAGCGAACAUGUUCUGUGCGGGAAUUGUUGGACAGGAUUCUUGUCAGGGGGAUUCCGGUGGUCCCAUCGUGUCUCAUGGUCAUCAGAUCGGUGUUGUGUCUUGGGGUACAGGCUGUGGACGCAUUGGUUUCCCCGGUGUUUACACCAAUGUCGGGAAGCUUCGCCACUGGAUUCUACAGACAAGUGGUGUAUAGUAUUAUUUCUAGUUUUAUGAACUUUGGUAUGUUGUAUGUUCUGGUUUCCAUUCUGUAAGCAUGCGAUGCUGAAUGUAGUGGACAUUUCCAACUCUUGAUAUAACAUUGUUUGUUGUUUUACGAUUUCAUUUUAAUUUAUUUUUUGAAGUGUCAAGAAUGGGUUGCAUGACUCUUUUGAUCACUCUGUACAUUACAUCAUACACUACAAAAUCAUAAAAUCAUUCAUACUGAAAACACAAUGACGUGCACUGAAUUUAUAAAGGUACCAUGGUAUCUUUUUUUU